CACUACAUGACACCGCCAUUAACAAAAUGAAGAAGGCAAAAACAAGUGGGCUCUGUGAUCGGCUUACUAUAGACGGCGCACGGGAUAAGCAAAGAAUGCGUGUUAACUAAGUGUGAUUUAUUGCAAAGUAACAGUUAUUACAAUGAACAGAGAUCACAUGCUGAUUACCAUGAAAGUCGACGAGGAGACGAAUGGUUUUUCUGAAGGACCGGUCACGUUUAACCGCUUCUCGUCCGAAAAAAUCGCCGAUGCAGUGACGGCUGCUGUGGCGAUCAUCAUCUCCGAGUUUUCGGACUACGUUGAUACAAAGUUCUCAGGUUUGCAACUCGAAAUAUCUCGCCAUGGUAAAGAAAUCGAAAGCCUCAGACUCCAGCUACAAGCCUCCAGUAAUGACCCGGGAGAAAUGCGAAGCUGUGCGGAGGACCCAUUGAAGGAUGUAACAGCCGCCAGGAGCGAUGUGGAGGAGAGCCGGCUUGGCGCAAAUAGCGAAGCAGAAACGGCAGACCAGUCACUCGGGCAAAACAGACCUGCAACACCGUGUGGACCAGCGGCCGUCGGCCAAGGAUGCAGAGACGAGUGUGAGAAAGGAUUUCUCAAAGCCUCUUCCCGAUUUGCACACGGAAUGCCUCACUGUAGCUUGAACCCCUGUGAGAUGGACAGAAAAACCAUGAAAUCCCCUGCAGACAUUGGCUUUUUAAAGACUGAAGUCCAAGUAUCCGAGCAGGUUUCUUGUUACAUUAAACAAGAAGAUACCAAAGUGGACUUAUCUCAGUUUUCAGAUGAUGGCUUAGAACAAGGAUCCAUCUUGUCAAAGAAUGAGAAUUUACUGACUGUUCAAGCGGGGGUCUCAGAAUUAGAAGUUUCUUCUGCUUUUAAGCAGCCCUUGGUUCCUUUGGAAUUUUUGAAUGAAGAUACAGUCAGUAUGGGGCAAAAAAGUUUGGCCUUUUCUGAGCAGAAAUGUUGGCCUGGAGAUGAAAGUGCCGAUAAGGAGAUACUACAAAAGAGUUACAUGGAAAGGUUUCAGCAAGUCCAUGCUGUGAACGAACAGCCUAUUUUAAAGGAAAGCUCAGAAUUAUCUAAUGAAUCCCCCCUUGUUAAAGUCCAGUGGAAAAUUCACACAGGAGUAAAACCAUAUCAGUGUGCAGAGUGUGGAAAGACUUUCAGCCUGGCCGCAAGCCUCAGAUACCACAAGCGAGUUCACACCGGAGAAAAACCACACCAGUGUCCUGAAUGCAGGAAGACUUUCAUGCGCUCUACACACCUUAGGGAACACCGGAGGAUUCACACCCAAGAAAAACCAUACAAGUGCAAUCAGUGCAGCAAGACUUUCAUCCAAGGUAGUCACCUUAGACAACACCGGAGAAUUCAUACAGGAGAAAAACCAUACGAGUGCACGGAAUGCAAAAAGAUUUUCACCCAGGCUGCAAGCCUUAAAAACCAUCAGAAGACUCACACUGGCGAAAAACCGUACCAGUGUAACGAAUGCGGAAAAACUUUCACCCGGAUUACACACCUCAGGUACCACCAGAGACUUCACAAAAGGGAAGAAUCGUACACGUGUCCUGACUGCAAAAUGACUUUCAAGCAUGCUGGAAACCUUAAAAAUCACCAGAGAAGUCACAUAUUAGAAAAAACCUUCACAACUACCAGAGAAGUCAAACAUUAGAAUGAGAA